AUGUCUAACAAAAAAUUCUUUCCAUCGAAGCAUUAUUCCAUUUCUUCCCUCACGCUACUGUCAUACUAGCAAAACAAUAUUCAGGGGGAUUAACGGAAUGACGAAAUGUAGUGUGUAAUUGCUGGUGAAAAUUAAUCCCGAAGGGAAUGUUUUCUCCUACGAAAUUUACAAAUGCUAUAAAAACCCGUCUUUAGCUUUAGCCAGCAAGAUAGCUGACCACGAGAGUGAUGAUAAGUGGGCAGGUAUGGAGAACCAAGAUAGCUCUGUUAAUACGGAAGUGACCACUGUUGAUGAAAUCAAUAUUGGCCCAAUCGGCAACACGCAAAGUAGAGAAAAGAGCAGUAUUUCGGAAUCUGAGAGACCCUCUCUUGUUAAUCUUAAAAACCUUGGAUAUAAUAUCCUCAAAAGUCUUGAUGAUGAAACUGUUGGAGAUAUUGAUUUCCCAGAACUAGAUUCAUGCCCCGAAUGUGGCAAUGACAUUUUAAUGUCUCCUCUCAAAGCAUUCUCAUACCUCGCCUGCGGACAUAUUUUUCACAGACUCUGUAUCAAAAAAAAACUUUUUAUUGGUACUUCAAGCGCAUGUCCAGCCCCCGACUGUGGAAAGAGUGUGGACAUCUUAGAUCAAGCUGAUGGCCUUACUAUCAUUUCCGAUCUGCCAAUACCUGAUUCCAGAGUGACCUCUCAAUCAAGUGGAAUUUCACCUUUAUCCAACUUAAUGGGGACGUUUACCCUAUCUUCACCACCUAUACGGAUGGGAGGGAUCAAGGGUACAGCAACUCAGCAAGUCAAAAGUACUUUGAGAUGUGCUAAAUGUUCUGAAGAUUUUUCUUCAUACCU